AUGGCAAAUAUUUCCGCUCACCCCAAAACGGCAACAACGGAACCGACAAUCGGUUCGACGGCCGAUCCGCGACCGGCCCCACCAGUCUCCGUCGCCGAUAACAUGUCCGAAUUUUCCGACUUCCACGAAAUAGGCAAUAUGCCUAUGUGCAUCGCCCUCGAUAAGUCAGGCAGCACGUACGGCGCAACCAUCGCGGCAGAGCUGGACGUGGUGCACCAGUUCUGCACCUUCCGCCAGGCUCAGCAGCAUGCCGACUCCAACAGCGCCUCCAUCCAGGUCCUCCCGUGGUGCCACACGGCCCUGGAGCCCGUCAUCUUCCCCGAUAGCUAUGAGGCCCGGCGUAGGAUCGGGUCUGGAGGUGGCACGGAUCCAUCGUCGCUGUACCAGUCAUCGACGUGUCUUGCAUCGCUGCGGUCCGCGGGCAUAUGGGUCCUGAUGACUGAUGGCCAGAUCGAGAACAAGCUGGUGGAGAAGUUCGCAAAGGAGACGCUCGAGAUGUCGAUCCACAAUAAGCCGUGCGUGAUUAUUGUCUUUGGUGACUCUAGCUACGGCCGGCCAGCCGCCUGCGACAUUUCGGUGGGCAUUGCCGUCUACGCCAACGUGCCGCACUGCCUGCUGCUCUUUCACGAUAUCCCAACAGGCAUCGUCCGGAUCCUGCAGGCCAAGGGCAACUUCCAAGGAUUGCUGCCGCUGUCUGCGGUAGGGAGCAGCGAGCGGAUCAAGCUGCGUGUCAACCAGUACACGGCCUGGCCAGAACUUCCCCGGGUCGCAUACAAGGACUUGUUCUCUCUCGAGCUCUCCGUCAUCCGCGAUCUCGAGCCCGAUGAAAUGGCCCUGCAAGACGGGUUGAUCGUCAAUAUCCCCGACAUGCUCGCCGGCAACGUCGACGAAGCGACGAUUGAGAAGAUCAUCCACAACAGCGACAACGUCAGGAGCCUGGCCCUCGCCGCUCAGACAAAAGGCACCGGGGAGAAAGUGGCCGACUGGCUCAUCUCGCACCAGCUUCCAGCCUCUGCGCGGGCAAAAAGGCCCGUGGAUGUUGACCACAGAGCGCACAAGGCCAUCUCGGCACUUCUGGAUGCUCUCAAAUCUUCCAGUUCAGACGAAUCCGUGGAAGAUCUGCGGCGACAAGUUCGACAGGCGCACGCUAUGAACCUCAAGGUGCACAGGCGCAAACUCAAGGGUGAUGCCAACGAAUCCGAGGAUGAAGCGAACAAGACCAACCAGCGCCUUUACAACGCCGCCAGGGCCAGUGCUGGGCGCAUGAAGAAACGCCGCAGACAGACGCAAAAGGAUGCGAAUGCCGCGCCGUCAGUUCAAGAUCGGCCUUCAUCUCCCAUACUCGAUACUUGGAACGUCGGCAACUGCGGGUAUGCUUCUGACGUGGAAUCGCCCCGAAACAACAACUCCCCAAUAGACUCGCCGCAGAUGGCGCCUACCGUCCCUGUCCUUGAACCAGCCUAUGCGUCCCAGCCUCUCUCAAAUCCACUCCUGUAUCCACCUCUGUACGCGUCCUCGUCUGACGCCUAUAACCCUUUCUCCGACGGAGAUUACGCCCUCACACAAGGCGGCGGGAUGAUGGGUCAAGAGAGCUUGGCAUUAAACCCCUUCAGCUCUCCUUUCAUAAGUGACCCUGCCUUGAACAGCAUGGAUGUUAGUUACAGUCUGGACAGCGGGAAAGACCUGCUCAACGAGAAAGCACCGGCAUGCGCCUCUAGCGACGAGGAUUUAACACUGGAUAACUCGGCCUCGGUGACCCAAGCCAGCGAUAGUUUCCGGAGGUCAAGGAGUAGGAAACUGCCGGGCAAGAGACGCUCUCAUACCAGGAGCCGAUCCCCCUCUCUCCGACGCUCCACGCGUGACCCGAUCCUCAUCCCAGGCUUUGAGCGAUUCAAGUCCUUAGAUAAGGCCAGUAACGAGUUACGCGGUGAAUGCGCUCUCUGCCACUACGACGGUGCUGUGCUCACCAUUCUCCUACGAGCGCCGUCGGCAGGUCGACCAACGGUGGGCUUCCCACGCGAAGGUGACAAUGCACAGAUCGCGUUUCCUUUUGCCAUAGGUAGCUUUGCAGAGACACGAGUCCUGUCUACAUUUGUCUGCUGCGACUCUUGUGCGUUCCACCUGGUACGCGUAGGCACAUCGCCUCUGGGCGACACGGUCAUCGCUGCGGUGCCGAUGGUGUCUCUGCGUCAGAACCAGGCGUCUGUCCUUGAAGCGCUGGACCUUGCUAUGCGUGGGCGGAUUGACUCCGAUGACCUACUGGCUGUGUUUAUGGCCAUGUUGGAUGCCGAGUUGAACGACGCGGAUCGCGAUGUUAGCAGCGGCCGAGCACAUACCGACAUUUCUCUGUUCCAAAGGAGUGCAGAGUGGUUUCAACAUAAUCUAAAUAUUCUCAUCGAGGUCCCGGCUACGUUGAGUAUCGACUUCCAACCCCACAGCUCCCGGCCUCCGGAGAAGAAGGCCCUCUACGAGCUGCUAGAUCUGCCAGAGUUCCGAGACCCAGCUAAUCCGAACAACCACGACUUGCUGUUGCUGCGGUAUCCCAUCCCCGGGUUCCUGGUCCUCCUCCGCCAGAUAAGCCUCCUCUAUCCCAUCUCGGAACAUGGGCAGACCUUGGCGUUCCACAAGCUCAUGCUCCUCAUUCUCGAGACGCUCAACGGCUCUCGCGCGUCGGCAAAGUCCCAGCUUGCAGUCGGCGACAUCUUGCAGCACGCCGAAGCACGAGAAAUGCCCAUAUCUGCCCUGGAACUGGAGCACAGGGGUCUUGUGGAGCCCGGCACGCUGGAAGCUUUCAAACGAUGGACGCAUUUUGAGAGCUUCGCCCAGAGAUGCGGUCCGGCGCUGACCGUCUUCCUUCGCCACUGGCUUCGUGCCGGAUUCAGACAACAGUCCGCUGUAUCAGUUUUCAAUUUGCUUAAGAGGGAUGAGGCUAUAAGAGAUAUUUUCGUCGCGCCGUUGUCGAUGAGUGCUAAUUAUGCGAUGGAUCUGCAGAGCUUGUAA